ACGCGUAUAUAUAGUGUGUAUAUAUGUGCGUGAUGCGCGAAUUUUACACUUUUGCAAUGUUGGCGGCAUUGCGGAGCAGACGACGCAUCGCUUAGUUUAACUUAUUUUUUUUAUAUCGAAGAUAUGGAUAUGAGGUGAGAGCGCCAAAGUUUCUUGGUUUUUUAGUGUCAUGGGUGUUGGGAUUGUUGAGAAAACAUGAUUACGGGAAAAGGAGUGAUGUUUGCCCUCUCGCGGGGUCGUCGUUUCCUUUGCGACUGGCGUACUUUCGAGCUGAGUCGAGCCGGCAUUUCCAUUCCAAUUGCUAACCUCCAAUCUAAGCCUCGAUGUUACAUUCGUAAUUUGAGCAGGUACAUGUCUACAGCCAGUCUUGCGGUAAAAGAAGCCGAUUUGAAAAAAUUUUUAAAUUAUUUGAUCAAAACUCACUCGGAUGGAACGAGCACGGAGUUUGACAGGCUUUUGCAAUACAAACCAGUGAGGACUUUAUUGAACGAAAGACUCAGAAUUACAGAUAAUAUAAAAAAUUUGAAAGAAUUGGAGAGAGAAGAAGAAAUGAAAAAGCUCGUCGAGGAAGAAAAGUGUGCUAAUGAGAAGCAAUUGAAACAGAUAGAUGAUGAAUUGAUUGAAUUGGUAUUGAAAAAUGUGACCUCAAACGCGUACGAUGAUGUCAUUAUGGAGAUAACAGCAGGUGUAGGUGGUCAGGAGGCAAUGCUCUUUUUAAAAAAUCUUUUGGAGAUGUAUGUGAAUCAUCUCACUUACUUGGGAUACAAAUUUGAUAUAAUAGAAAUAAAUGAUGCUCAACAAGGUGGCAUUAGAAAUGCCAGUAUUAUGAUCUCUGGCAGUGGAGCUUUCGAAAAAUUGAGACACGAAGCAGGAAAUCACAGAGUGCAACGGGUUCCUGCAACAGAAAAAUCUGGCAGGAUGCACACUAGUGUUGUAUCGGUAGCUGUUUUGCCUCAGCCAAGUGAAAUCGAAAUCAAAAUAAAUCCUAAAGAUUUAAGGAUAGAUACUAUGAGAGCUACUGGGGCUGGUGGCCAACACGUUAACACAACAGAUUCUGCAGUAAGAAUAACACACUUGCCUACUGGAACAGUGGUCGAAUGUCAGACAGAUAGGUCACAAUUGAAAAAUCGUAAGAAUGCAAUGGCAAAGUUGAGAAGUAAGCUUUAUCAAGUACAACUUGAUAAGCAGAUGAAAUCAGCUUCUAGUAUGCGCAAGCAGCAGAUGGGAAUGGGUCAGAGAAAUGAAAAAAUCAGGACUUACAACUUCAAUCAAGAUAGAGUUACAGAUCACAGACUGACGGAUGGGACGUUGCACAAUCUAAAAGGCUUUUUUGAGGGUGGCGAGGCUUUGGACAGUCUUCAUUCCAAACUGAAUGAAGAUUUAAAUGUCAAAAUACUUUUAGAACUCCUAAAAAGUGUGGAAUAG